AUGGAUGUUAACGACCACGCUCCUGUUUUCAAUCGGGAUGUGUAUGAACUCACAGUAGAUGAAUCAACACCACAAGGCAAUCCUCUGGUCACAGUGCUGAUCACAGACAACGAUCAGCCUGGCUCAGCGAACGCUCAGUUUACUCUGAGAAUCGUCUCGGUGUCUCCCGCUGCCUCCGGUGCACUGUUCUUCAUCCAGCAGAGAACAGGAGAGCUGACAGGAACCAUCUCUUUCAACGGAUCCCUUGAUUAUCAGGAGAGCCAGAAAUACAGGAUCCUGGUUGAAGCGAAGGAUCAUGGGGAGAAGAUGCAGCUCUCCAGCACAAGCACAGUGAUACUGAACCUCAUCGGCAAACACAACCAGCUCACCGAGAGAACAAGAGAUGGCGGUGAUUCCUCCGUAUUCAUGAAACAAGUGGGUGAAACGGAGAGUAAGGAGACUGGACCGAUGCUGGACGCCAACGAACUGGCCAUGUGUCUGUCUGAGGAGACGGUUGAUAUUCCAGCUAUCAAUCCAGACCUGUACAGCCCACCCUUACACUUCCAGCUGACUGGAGACGUCCAGGGCAAAUGGAGGCUUCAGUCGAACUACGGUCCAUCUGUGAGACUGAUCAAAGAGAGCGCUGUACGUGCGGGAGAUCAUGAGGUGACCCUGGAGAUCUCGGACAGUCAGGGCCAGCAGUCCGUCCAGACGCUCUCACUGCGUGUGUGCGACUGUGAUGUUUCUGCACGCUGCACUGCGCUCAGAAACCCAACAAUAAAGCUGAACGCCGCUGCCAUCGCUGUCAUAAUCAUCAGCGUCCUGGUGCUGCUGGGGGUCCUGCUGAUGUUGUGUCGGUUCAGAACAGACAUCUACAAAGGUUUAGUGGACGGAGCAGACCAAUCGUGACGUCAAAGAAAUGCCUUGCACUUGGCUGCAUGACAGAGCUUUACUCCGAGCCAGAGCUGGAUCUCUGGUGCUGCUGGACUUCAGUGUGUCACUAAAUGUGUGGGGAAAAUAUGGAGGACAUCAAAAAAUGAAGCGGAUGAGUGCACUCUAUGUCAAACUGCUUGCUUUAACACUGUGAAUUAAAAGGAAGGUGCUUUGGUUGUUUCAAAUGUGCGAUCAUACAAUUUAAAUGACUUUAGGAAGAGACUGAUGAUUAAUUCUGCUUGAACUGCAUGGUGUGCAUGAAUAUUAUAAGUGUUGUGAUUAUAUCAGCUUAUGCAAAUGUGAACUCACAUUUAGGUAGACGAUACUGUAUAGACUGACACUGUAGAGUUAUAUAGUUUUUAUAUGAAUUUAUUUUUGUAAGUGAGAGCUGUGUAUGUUCAGAUUGUGUUUUUAUAUGUAUAUAUUAAAUUUAUGCAUUUAGCAGACGCUUUUAUCCAAAGCGACUUGCAGUGCAUUCAGGCUAUCAAUUUUUACAUAUCAUGUGUUCCCGGGGAAUCGAACCCCCAACCUUGCGCUUGCUUGCUAGCUACAGGAACACUAUAUUGUUAAUUGUCAUUUA